AAGCGGAAAACAGUCAAUAGCUACGCUAGGGGGCUUAAAUUCAGACGGAGCCCUUGGUAUCGCAGAAAGGGGAACGGAGAGUCUGCCAGGACUUUUGGUACAGCGAACGACCCACUAACGUUAUAGAGCAAAAACAUUAGUUCUAAAGGACAAUUCAAUCAGCAGAGAUGGCACAGGAGACCAAUCAGAGCCAAGCGCCCAUGCUUUGUGCCACCGGCUGUGGUUUCUUUGGAAACCCCAGGACCAGUGGCAUGUGCUCGGUCUGCUAUAAGGACCACUUGACCAGACAGAACAAUGGAGUGAGCCCCCUGAGUGCAAUGGGUGGCAGUGUGUCCAGUAGCCCCACAAUGGAGGCCUCGACCAUCCAGAGAAUUGAGGCUUCCUUAAAUAAUGCUGCUGCUGAAGCUGAUACCGAAGCUGCCAGUGGGGCAGUAGCUCUUCCUGUUACCCAACAGAUGACCGAGAUGAGCAUUUCCUGUGAGGAGGAAGGAGCGUCGCCUAAAGCAGAACCUGUGGUCACUCAGCCCACCGCCUCAGCUUUACCUCCCAGUGCUGCUGGCAUUGACGAAUCCAAAUCACCCGAACCUACCAAACUGAAGAAGAACAGGUGCUUCAUGUGCCGCAAGAAGGUUGGCCUUACAGGUUUUGACUGUCGCUGUGGGAACCUGUUCUGUGGACUCCACCGUUAUUCAGACAAGCACAACUGCCCGUAUGACUACAAAGCCGACGCCGCCGCCAAGAUCCGCAAGGAGAACCCUGUGGUGGUGGCCGACAAGAUCCAGAGAAUAUAAGACCUCCUCUCACUUUGACCUUGAACACUUGGAGUGAUUGGCAAAAAAAAAAAAAGGACUCACGCUUGACCUGCGUUCAAAAGGACUAGUUUUUUUUGUUUUUGUUUUUUUUAACAGUAUGGGGGAGUCCAGUUGUCUGCAAUGCAUGAACGAUCACAUUUUUCUUCUGUUUUCUGUCUGAGCUUACGAUUUAGGAAGAGGAAAAAAUAAAAAAUAACAAAAAGAAUGUCUAAAAAAUACAGCAGACAGGACACUCUUUUUUCCAGGGACGCCUGGACCUGGCUUAAUUCUUAGUGUUUUUGGGAAUCUGAUUGUUGUCAAGUAGGCGGUCUGAUGUGUUGUGAUUGUCAUGAGUUUACUACUUUGACUCUCUGUAUUUAUGAGAUUUUGCGGAGUAGAGUGGGGACGCUGUAGCCUAUGGGACUGUGAGACUGUUACAGCCCUGACCGGAUCAGUCCGUUUUUUUUAUAUGUACUACCAGACAUGUUUGUUUCUGUGCUCUAUGGGGCCUCAAUUCAGGGGAGACCCCCCAAGCACAUUUCUCUAUUGUGAGAUCAGAUGUGAAGAAGUGACUUAAAAAAAAAAAAGACUUCAUUUGUUAAUCACCUAAAGAACAACCUGUUCAAGAAGCUUAUGAAAUGAUCAUCCAGUAUGAAUGGUGAAAGCAGCCAGACCCUUAGCCCUGACACUUGGAGGAUGGAUGGAUAUGUUCUGUUCCAACCCUAUAGGCUCUCAUCUGAAUCAAACAGAAUAUCAGUGUAGUCAUACAAGCCUACUCCACUGGUUCGUUCUUCCUGCAAUGUGUGCUGCACUAAAAACCAUUGCUUAGGUUUACUUGUAUUCGUUAAAGAUGGUUUUCUAAAGAAGUAUUUAGGUCUGAUGCUGUGAUGUAAUGUGUAUUUGAAGGGGAAACUUGGGGCUGCCUCUGGCUGGCUGGAUGGGAGACUGGCGGAAGACCGCUCACUUCCUGCAAUUGAGAUCCAGGUCAUAGGACUUCACUCAUCCAGCCACUCUGGUCAUGUGACAGUGAUGCCCAUUCUGUGCUCUUUUUUUUUUUUUCUUCUCGUAUCUGUUUUCCUGAGGAUAUGGGGUGUUUUGCUUGGGUUGUUGUAUCAAUGACAAAUAGCCUAAAUUAACUAGAUUGCUGAGGUUGGAAGGGUUAGGUCCACUAAUCUUUUGAUCAAUAUUUCCCUCUUUUUUUUUUUUUUUUUUAAUGUAUGUGUGCUGAUCUAUUUCAGAAUUUUAUUGUGGAGUGCGUAUCACAUGCUAUGUAUUAAACACAAGUGUCUGAUGUAUGCCAUUUUCCAGGAUGGCUGAAUGGAUGGUGGCUGAGUAUUGUGUAUGUAUGCAAGUGCUUGUGUUCCUCAGUAGUCAGAACUGAUCCAGUGGACUCACUCUUGGUGAUCUAGAUUUUUUUUUGUUUAUUUGGUCUGGCUGCUCAGCGCUGGUCUCUCGGUAGGGCUGUGAGAUUUCACCUUUUCAUUUGAACCCUUUUUAGUUAUGCAAGUUUGUACAAACCAUCUUUAUAUUUAUGUACCGCACAUAUAAUCUUGUUACCCAACAUUACAGCAAAAUUGUACCAUGUAAAUAAAAUUAUGUACAGAGCUAUAGAA